AGUGACUUGACAGAUUUAAAAUGACACUUUGAAAACAACAAAUAGAACGAUAUUCCAUUCAAAAUUCAAAAUAUCUAAAGUUUCUGUUUAUGUCUUAAAUUUGUGAGUUUGAUUUAGUCAUAAAUCACAAGAAAGAUACGAUAUCUAAAAUGUCGAGUCAAGAUACGGAGCAGUACCGUCUAUUUCUCGGCAGACUCCAGAGAGAAGAAAAUAAACUGGCGGCAUUGACCGACAUCAAGAAUUUAUUUGCUUAUAAGCCUGCUGGUGAGGUAACUACGGCCAUAAGAGAUGUAGGCAUAUCGAAGAUAUUAAAGUGCGUUAAUGUACCAAACACAAUGACUGUAGAUUUGACAUGUGAAGUGCUGAAGAUAUGCUUUGAAAAGUUUGAACCAGGAGAAGUUAUCAAACACUAUACCAGCCCUAUCAUGUAUUUGCUUAGACAUGAUAAAAGUUGUGUAAGGAGACUUGCUAUUGAUGAGGUACACAAAGCAAUCAGAACGAGUCCCAACAUAUUACCAGUGGCAGAAUACAUAGAUGUAUUUGUAGCCGUGGGCCAGAUGGUCACAGACUCUGAUGUGGGCGUGGCUAAUGCUGCUGUGUUGAUUUCAUCCAGCCUCCCCAAUGAGGCUUAUCCAAAAGUGUUGGAGGAAAUGCAAAUAGCAUUAGGAUAUAAUAGCAGCAGCAGUUGUAAUCUUUUUGAGGUUGUAGUCAACAUAUCAUCAAGAUCCUACGACCUAUUUAAACUGUGCGUUGAUAUGAAAUAUAUUGACGCUAUGAUAACAGAGCUACAGACAGAUGAUGUGUUAUAUCAAGUGAACAUUCUAGAACUCUUGUCAAGACUGGUUAUACAACCUCAUGGCAUUACCUACCUUGUGAAGAAUGGAGCUUUGACGAAAAUAUCAGCUUAUGUAGCCGAGUUACGGAGUAAUCCUUUACGGGGUUUGCUGAUUCCAGGUUACAUGAAGUUCUUUGGAAGUGUUGCUCACAACUACCCUAAGGAAAUAUUCCAGAAGCAUGCAGUCUUGUUUGAUAUCGUCUUUGAAGCAAUUGAGUCUGGGGAUCAAGCCGUUAUGCCAGUCGCCUUGGAUACGUUAGGGUUUGUUGGGGAAACAGUGGAGGGAAAGUUGUGCUUGGCUGCUUUAGGGGGCAGAUAUGCGAAAACUGUUGAAAAUGUGUCGCUCCUCAUCAAGAACAGUAACUCUGAGACAAAGAUUCGAGCUCUAAACUGUUUAGCGGGACUUAUAAGUAUUGACAAAGACCCUACGGUGACGGCAAGUAAGCCGGUCGAUCAUAGAGUCACUCUUAUGACCCGUGAAUGGUUCAGGACAUUGGAUGCUAAGCCCAUGGAAACUUUAUUCGAGAUCUGCAAGAAUCCUUUCCCUGAUAUGAGACAAGCUGCGUUUGUGUUGUUGGAUGCCGUGUGUCAACAUCAAUGGGGAGAGGAGUUGGUUGCCAGAGCUGCAGGUUUCGUCGAGUUUCUAUUGGAUCGGUCAAUCGUUUACACGAAAGAAACAAAUGAAUCUAAGUACGACAUAAUCAAGAGGCUGGCAAAUUCACCGGCAUUCCAACCAGACAUUAUAAUGAGGCUGCAGACUUAUGUCGAACAGGGACCAUUCUAUUCUGAGAGUCAGCUAGAAGUGGCUAUGGAAGACGGAGAAUAAUCCCUUGUACCUACAACAUGACACACUAUCCCUAAUUAAAAGGCUGAUAACUUAAAACAGUAAAAUCUGAUAAUUAUUAUUGAAAUUUCAGCCUUGAAAAGGUUUUGACAGGUUUUGUCUACUUAUUUGAGUAUGGGACACUCAUUUGUGAGUACAAUGUAAAUAUCAGUCCCAUACAGUGUCGCGAUAAGUUUCGCUAUGUAUGUAAACAUAGGUUAAGAAUGCUGUUUGUUGAACAUAUUUCUUGUUAAAUUCAAAGAUUCUGUUACAAAUAAAAUGUACCUUUAUUAAUUUGAUAUAAAAA